AUGGCCACAAACGCCGCCCACCCAUUCGCCCCCGCUCCGCGCAACGAGACCGCACCCAGACCCGACGUCGUACUCCGCAGCAGCGACGCCCCGCCCACCGACUUUUACGUACACAAGGCCGUGCUGGCGCUCGCUUCUCCCGUCUUCGCCGACAUGUUCUCGCUGGCGCAGCCUGGACCCGCUGUGACGACUGACGGAAACGAGGCACUGCCUGUCGUCGAUGUUUUUGAGCGAGCGGCUGUUCUAGACAAGGCACUGCGCUUCUUCUACCCGAACGCCUCAUCCUUUCUGGAUGGAGAAGACCGCUCGUUGUACCCGCUGGACGACCUCCGGUUAGUUCUGGAAGUCCUGGUCUCAAAAUACCAAGUGGACUCCGUUACGCCGUUAGGCAAGCGUUUGCUCCGGGAACAUCUUUCCUCAACGGCCAAUGCUGACGUUGUCGGCGUCUUUGUUGUUGCAUGCGGACUGCGUUGGCACGACAUCGCGCGAGAAGCCGCCUGGGCGUCCCUUCGACUCCCGCUCCGCGAGUUCGUCAAUCUCCCUCACGGAAGCAGCCGCAACCAGCCUCUUUCCAACUCCAAUACACCAACCGCUCUCACAAGCUCGCCUCUACUCGACCACCUCCCCUCGUCGACUUAUCACGCACUCCUCACAUACCACGCCACCUGCGCUUCUCUCGCUGCCAACGCGACAACCUCCCUGCUCUGGCUUCCCUCGGAAGCUGUCCCCGGCGCCGACUGCACCAACUGGAACCACCCCGCGCUCUGUCCGCGCAUGGGGCACUGGAGCUUUGCCGGCAAAACUCUCGCCCCGGCGACGCGCUGGUUCGCCGUGACGCUCGACUGGCUUGGCGAGCGGCUGCUGAAGGCGCCGUUACUGCCGUUCGACGCACAACUGGCUGACGCGGGAGAGCUUCUCGUUGUCGCUGUCCGCGAGAUUGGCAACUGCGAGUCGUGUCGCCGGGACGGGUUUCCGGUGUUGUUGGACUUUUUGCGCCUGUUGCGGAAACGUGUGGAAGGAGAGCUCGGGAAAGUUGAUAUCGUUCUAGAUCUCUGA